CUAUCUCAUAACUUAAAAGUAUUCUCAAUAUGAUCAAAGUUGUAGUACUUACAUUGGUGCUAACCACUAGCUUUGUAUGGAGUAGCACAAGUGAUUCUGAUGAUCAUGUCCAUUAUUGCAUAGAGAAGGAGAGACAAGCUCUUCUCAACUUGAAGAAAGGCUUUGUCGAUGAUGGCAAUCGUCUAUCCUCGUGGACAAGUACCAGACGAGAUUGUUGUGCAUGGAGAGGUAUCAGGUGCGAUAACAUAACUCGUCAUCAUAUUAUCAUGCUUGAUCUUUAUUCUAGCUGGAAUGAUACACCAUUGUAUGGUGAAAUUGGUCAUUCUUUGGUUGAGUUGCAACAUUUGAGGUACCUAGAUUUUAGUCACAAUAAGUUUAUUAAAAUUCCUGAGUUUAUUGGUUCUUUAACUAGACUCACAUAUCUCAACUUUGAUUGGAAUCCUAUUAUAUCCAUUCCUAAUUCCCAACUUGGGAACCUUACCAUGUUGCAAGUUCUCAAACUAGAUGCAAAUAAUUCUUAUGAUGUUAGUACUAAUCUUGAAUGGCUUUCUCAUCUCUCUUCUCUUAGAAUCUUAUCGUUGAGUGACAUCAAUAUAACGAAUUCGAAAUCCACAGAUUGGUUUCACUUGAUUAAAAGAGCAAAAUCUUUAUCAAGUUUAGAGUUAUAUAGAUGUACACUUCAACCAAUAGAUAUCUUCACUAACAAAAAUUCUUCAAAUUCUCUCACCAAUCUUGAUAUUUGGGGCAGUACCAUACCUCCUAAAACAGUUCCUUGGUUGCUAAAUAUGAGUACCAAUCUAGUUAAUCUCACCUUUAUAGAUAAUGAAAUAAAUGGUCCUAUUCCCAAUUCUUUUGAAAACAUGAGAUCUCUUGCACACGUCGAUUUAUCUUCGAAUGGAUGUGAAGGUGAAAUACCAAAAUCAUUGGGGAAUCUUUGUAAUCUUCAAAUAUUAGUAUUGAGCAGAAAUAAAUUCAAUGGAACACUUUCUGAUGUGCUAGAUAGUCUAAGUGGCUGUGCUAAAUAUUCCUUAGAAACUUUAGAUUUUGAUCAGAACCAAUUAAGAGGAUCAUUUCCUAGUUUGAAACCUUUCCCAAUCUUUUUGAAAGAUUUAUGGAUUGGUUUCAACCAAUUAGAAGGAACAUUGCCCAAUCUUUCGAUGUUUUCAAAUCUUAGAACGUUGGAUGUACCUUACAAUAAGUUUAAUGGUACUUUACCCGAAGAUAUUGGUAAGCUUCAUGAUCUCGAGUACUUGUCUGUCUCUUCGAAUUCUUUCACCGGGCUUGUGAGUGAAGUUCACUUUGAAAAACUUUCUAAAUUGAAACAUCUUUAUUUAUCCUAUAACUCCUUAACAUUGAGGAUCAAUUCCUCUUGGAUUCCACCAUUUCAACUAGAUAGACUAUCAUUGAGAUUCUGCAAGUUAGGUCCACAAUUUCCUACUUGGCUAAACACCCAAAUAAAUCUUUCAUAUCUUGACAUCUCAAAUUCUGAAAUUCAUGAUGAAAUUCCUAAUGGGAUUUUCAAUCAAACUUUGAAAUUGAAUUUUCUAGAUCUAUCUUCGAAUCAAUUUCAUGGUCGUAUUCCACCUUAUCUGUCGAAUAUCAGCAUGUUGUUUCUUUCAAAUAAUAGAUUUAUUGAUCUAAAGACUUUUCUUUGUUAUCCAUUACAAGGAUCAAUAAAAGUUCUUGACAUUUCCAAUAAUAUGUUAAGUGGAAGUCUUCCUAAUUGUCAUUGGAAUAUGAAGGAACUAAUUGUUCUGAAAUUAGAUAACAAUAAUUUGUCUGGAAUAAUUCCAAGAUCAAUCGGUUUGUUGUAUGGAAUUCAAUAUUUGCUUUUGGGACAUAAUAAUUUUUCAGGAAAUCUUCCUUCAUCUUUAAAGAAUUGUACACAACUUCAAGUUCUUGAUGUCGAAUAUAAUAAUUUAGAAGGAAAUAUACCAUCUUGGAUUGGAAAAAGACUCACAAAUUUGAUUAUUCUUCGAAUAAGAUCAAAUCAUUUUAAUGGAGUCAUACCAUCUAACUUGUGUCAUCUUCAAUUUAUUCAAAUAUUUGACAUUUCAUUGAAUAGCAUAGCAGGGCUUAUUCCUUCAUGCAUACAAAAUUUCACUUCUAUGGUAGAUAAAAAGAAACAGAGCCAUAUAAAUAUUUGGACAGAAAUUCCCAUUUAUGAUGACAUUUAUUUAACGUAUCAAAUUGUUACAUCGAUUAUGUGGAGAGGUACUUAUCGCGAGUAUAGCAACACUCUUGGAUUAUUAAGAGUGAUUGAUCUCUCGAGUAAUAAUUUGCUUGGUAAAAUUCCUAAAGAGUUAACAAACCUUGUUGAAUUGGUUCAACUUAACUUAUCAAGGAACAAUUUGAAUGGCACAAUCCCUAUGAAGAUUGGGAACUUGAAUAAGCUAAACUCUCUAGAUUUAUCCCACAACAAGCUUUCCGGUGUAAUUCCAACAAGCUUGGCAAGCAUAUCUACUCUGUCUUUGUUGGAUUUGUCGAAUAACAAAUUGUCAGGAAGAAUCCCUACCGGCACUCAACUACAAACUUUUAAUGCUUCGAUGUUCAUGCAUAAUGAUGGAUUGUGUGGACCUCCAUUGACCAAUUCAUGUCUUGGAGAUGAGUCACCGAAUCGUCCUCGAGAUCAUUCAGAUGGUGCUGAAGAUAGUGAAGAAUGGAUUGACAUGUCAUGGCUUCGUAUGGGAAUUUGGGUUGGAUUUGUAAUUGGAUUUGUUGGAGUGUGUGGUAAUUUAUUACUUAACACUUCUUGGAGACUUAACUAUUUUAGUUACAUGGGCACCAUUGGUGGUUGGGUUUAUGUGAGGAUUUGUGUGCAGACAAAUUUAUUGAAGAGAAGAUUUUUCAACUAAUUGGAAUUAGUAGCUUUGAAGUUUCAAGAGUUUUGGAGUUGAAGCACUAAAGGGUACCAACUCCACAUUCAUGUUUAUUAAGGAAUGUUAAAAGGGCGCGACAACACUACUACAAAAUGUCAUACUGUUAAUCUGAUGGUGGUAUUGAGCUCUUAUGAGUUAGAUUAUAGCUCUCAAUAAUGAUAAUUUUAUUUUUACCUUUUAAUAUUUGUUUAUGAAUAAUUCAAUGUAUUUCUUUAUAAAUGAUAAUUUAAUUUACCAAUUAAACAUAAUGAAUAAAACAACAUUAAAAAAAAACAAUUUAGUUUGCUUCAAUAUAUUAUUACACGAUUAUAAACUACUAUUUUCAUCAUCUUCUCUAGACGUCUAUUAUAAAUGGAUGGUUUAGAAGCAUCGUUGCUGUUGGUCUCUUUGAUGGAUUAGUUUCAAAGCAAUUUAGCAAAAAAUCUUUUGCCUCUUUUGAAACAUGUCUAG